UCAACAACCUAACUACUUAUCUAUCCAAACGCAACGCAACUCAGACAAACUAAACUAACAAACUAUCUAAAUAAACAACAAACCUUUCUGUUCACUGACACUCUUCCCUUCCCUUCGUCCUCAGAUGCGGCUAGGAACAACAGUCUGCCUGGUGGUGCUAGUGGCGAGUCUCUGCGAUGGAAUAGUGGUGUUCCCUGAUGCAGUAGCGGAGCAGGGUCUUUUUCCCUUCCCGCUCUACAUCGGCGGGCUCCCUGUACACGUUGCCGUUAUGUUCCUCGGCUUCUACGGGGCCCUGUGGAUCGGCAGCUGGGCAGGCAAGGCGAAGAUUGAAAAGGAAUUCUACUAUGACGAAUAUGAAGAGGAAUACGCCUUUGAGCCUCACUUCAGGAGCGGACGGGGGCUGGAGCAGACAGAAUCGGAGAUGAGGCACACUAUGACAAAAACCCUGAGGCGAAUCGACGUGGACAAGUGCCUGGAGAAGCUCGUGUGUUACCUGGAGGAGCAGAAUGAUCGGUUGCAGGAGGAGGACGUGCUGCUAAAACUGUUCCCGGUGACACGGUGCAAGUUCAGCGUGUUCCCGCGGUGCACAGCGACGGGGGAGCAGCUGAGAGAACUUCUGCGGUAUUACCAGAGCGUGGAGAUGAAGCGAACCCUUGGCGUGUUGGAGAAAGGGAAGUUAUAGGAGCAUUACUGCCAGUUUAGCAUUGUGUGUCAGAGAAAGUAUUACGGUCUGUGCUAGAGAAAGGUUUAUGUAAUACGGAGAUGAAAUGGAAUCUCUUUGCGUUGGAGAAAGAGAAGUUAUGGGAGUUUAAAGACUGUCAGGCUUGGUUGUGUUAGGGAAAGUUAUGGCCAUGUUAAGCCUGUUUGCCUGAGUUAGCGUGUUAGGGAAGUUGUAGGGAUCUUAAGCCAGCCAGUCAGUCAGUCAGUCAGUUGGCGUUCUGUCCUGGAUUAGUGUGAAAAAGGGAAAUUCUAGGCAUACGAAGCUAGUUAUUCAGUCAGUCUUCCUCUCUGUGUGUGCGUGAGAGAGAAGAAGAGUUAUUGCCAGUUGAUGUUAAUCAGUUCGGCUUGGUGUGUUAUAUAGAAAAGCUAAAGGCAUUUCCAGUCAGUCAGUCAGUCAGUCAUCCCGCCUUUCUCUUACUUAUACGAGUAAAUGAAGGACUCUCGCCUAUGAAAAUGUCUGAUUGUGAAAGUAAAUGAGUUUGUUUUUCUUUUUUUUUUUGUCACACUCCACCAUGAAGUGUGUUAGUUCAUUUGUUAUUAUUGUUGUUAUUUAUUAUUGUUUUAUUUAUUUAUUUUAUUUUUUUUCGUCAACUUUUUAUCCAUUUUUUUUUCUCGAAGUUGUUAUAAUUUUCUUUCCCUGCCCGUCCCCCCCCCCUCUCUCUCUCUCUCUGGUAUUUAUUUAUUGAUGUAUUUAUUUAUUCACCUAAUUAUUAAAAAGCAAAACGUGUACAAAGAAGACGCGUUUCACUUCCCCGCCAACAGAGACGCAGCGAGAAGCGCAGCGGAAAAUUUGAAAAUCCCUCCUCGAAUUAGCGCGCCAGUUACGAAUCACAAAGAAGAAAUAAAAAAAAUAAAUAAAUAAAUAAAUAACGAAAUAAAAUACGAUAAAUAAGUAAAUGAAAGCAGAAAUAAAUAAAAAAAUACAAAAAUAAA